GGUACUUAUACUUUUACUUGACUCCGAGAUUUCAGUACUUUAUACAACACUGCUUCAAAAUGGGUAAGACAAGAAGGCCUGUAUUUCAAGUAAGUCAGAUAAGGUAUUAUCUUUGUAAGAUGGUUAUUUCUUCUAAUUAGCAGAUAAAAUGUAAAAUAAAUCAAGCAGCUAAUACCAUAUUUGUCAAUGGAAAAUAGAAUUUUGACUGAAGUCCUAAGUUCAAAGGUCUGAAAAUUUAGCUUACAAAUGCCAAACCUUCUCACUAAUUUCCAGCAUUACUAUUCAUCAUAAAAAAGAGCAGAAUUGAAAUGAACCAUCUGAUGCAUUCAACAUUAGAACAUGAACAAAACGUUAUUCAGAGCAUCACACUAUUGCCAACAAUUUUUUUGUUUUCUAUUCUCUUACCUUCUCUUUUUGGUAGAUUUGGUAGAUAAGAAAUGUGUGGCUAAUUAUGAAUAAUUAAAAACUUCAUUUCAAUUAAAUUUAUUCAUAUAGUGCAAAUUCAGAACAUGUCAUCCCAAGGCACUUUACAAAGUCAAUUUCACCUAACCACACAGACAGAUUGGUAAAAAGGUUUUCUGUCUAAAGAAACCCAGCAGAUUGCAUCAAGUAAUUGACUUGCUCAAUUCAUUCCUGGAUGAGAAUGUAGUGACAGUAGACAGUCGCUUGCAUUGUAUUGUUGACUUUGCAGCAUUGCUAUGUAGCAAACGUUAAAAGAAAAACCUCCUCUUUAACAGAAAUAAACCUCCAGCAGAAUCAGGCUCAGUAUGAACAACCAUCUGCCUCAACUAACUAGGGGUUUGAGAAGAGAGCAGACACACAGAAGCACUGGUACAGGAGUACUUUUUAUGUGAGACAAAAGUAAAAACGUAAUGGCAAUAAUAGCUUCAUCUAUGAGAGACAAACAACGAAGCAGAUAAGCUUCUAAAUCAAUUCUCAAGUUUAUUGGAUGAAAAAGAGCAGAUACUGUUAGUCGGACUAAAAGCUCAGCCAAAUAGUUACAUCAAGAAGAGAGACCACGUUAAACACUGAAAGACAGGGCCAAGCCAUCAUCUUAAAGGAGAACAUGAAGUGGUUGGCAGCAAUAGCUAAGCCAACAACCCCUCCAUAGUUGAGGGAAAGUGCUCUCUCUCUAGUUAUGAGGCUGCUGGAAGACAUAAAGACCAAAGUGCUCUCACCCCUGGAAAGGAUACUUAUUCUGGAGGUGAAGGAAGAAAAUCCCAAAAACAUGUUUAAUAUGGAAUUGUCUUCUAGUGAUAGAAACGUCUUGCUCAAAAAUAAGGCCGUUUUUUUUUUUUACUUUUUACAAUUUAAUGCCAUCUAGAUUAAGUGAUUGACUAAGCAGUCAAUCACUUUUUCAAAGAAUGGUCAAAAGAUCAUAACGUCUAAGUUGUCUGAAUUUAACAAUUUAACGGCAGUAAAUCUAAAAAAGAAAGAAUUCCAUUAUUGCAACCAGUGUUAAAAUGGCAUUAAUUCUUACUUUCUUUUUUAGGCUGCAUGAUAUUUGAAGCCAAACCACAAACAUCUGUCCAACCUAUGCAUAAGAAGACCACAGUAAAAGAACUGCUAAUGAUGAGACGCCAGAAAUGGAAUUCACAGCCUAAAACAAAGUCUUCCAAAUAUGAGCCUGUCACCAUAGACAUGAGUCAUCAAACAGCAAUCUCUCCAACACCUUUAAACCUGAAUCCCACCAUAAACAUUGCCCCUGCUCUUCAUAAAAACGCUGUCAUUGCACUACAGGAAAUGCAACAGCCUAUGCAUCUUCUCCCUCAAGACAAGGAAGUCCCAGUCUCCGAGGGCAAAAUGACUUUGUUUCACUGGCAAAUACAGCAAGAGUCCAAGAAAGUUGAAGGCCUGUCUGUAGAGCUGAUGUGCAUGCAGGACUCUGAUGGGGACACAUUUCUUCACAUAGCAGUAGCUCAAGGCAGGCGAGCCCUGUCCUAUGUGCUUGCUGAAAAAAUGGCCAGAUGUGGCUCUCUGGAUAUGAAGGAACACAACGGGCAGACACCUCUUCAGAUUGCAGUGGCCACCAAUCAACACUUGAUCGUCUCUGACCUUCUGACUCACGGAGCACAGAUCAACAUCAGGGACCUUUGGGGGCGCUCUCCUUUGCAUGUAUGUGCGGAGAAAGGCCACUUCCUCAGUCUUCAGAGCAUCUGGAAGACCAUGGCAGGGAAUGGGCGAUCGGUGGACGUCGAAAUGUUUAACUAUGAUGGUUUGACUCCACUUCAUGCUGCAGUUUUGUCUCACAAUGCUGUCGUUAGGGAGGUUAGACACCUUGAAAACCCUUGUCCAUACAUGAUCUCAGAUUUGGCACACAGGAGGCACAGAUAUGUGGAGUGCAUCAGGACUUUAAUGCACAUGGGUGCCUCCUACGGGACAAAAGAUCUGAAAAGUGGACGAACUUGCCUUCACAUGGCUUCUGAGGAGAUAAAUAUGGAGCUGCUCAACCUUUUUCUUGAACAGCCAACGUCACUUGCCACAGUAAAUGUGAAGACAUUCAGCGGAAAUACGGCCCUGCACAUUAUCAGCUCUUUGCAAAAUGACAAGAAUCAGGUGGAGGUCAUAAAGCUACUGAUGAGGAAAGGUGCCGAUCCCGGGAUAAGGAAUUUUGAAAACGAGAUGCCAUGUCAGCUGGUGCCUGAAGGACCUGUUGGUGAAAAGGUGCGGCAGAUCCUGAGGGGGAAAUACGUUCAUGUUUAAGUUAAACAGAACUGCAGAACACUGUCAGUCAGACAGUCAGGUUAAUGAAAUUGGAAAUUUGCCCAAACAAGGCAGAUGAUCGUUGUUUCAGUGAAACAUUCCCAUGUGUUUGUUACUAUGUAAUGUUUAGAUUUGUUUCUUUUAACAUUUUCUGGGGUCUGUACUAUGAAGUGCAUAACUUCCAAGUCCAUCUCGCUUUAAUAGUUGUCUCUAAAUGUUUUGUUUUAGAGCCUAGACUUUUUCAA